AUUGUCGAUCUGUUGCUCACGCACGGCGCCGACGUGAACAUGGCAGACAAGCAGGGGAGGACACCGCUGAUGAUGGCUGCCUCAGAGGGACAUCUGGGCACGGUGGAGUUUCUGCUUGCACAAGGUGCCUCCAUUUCUCUGAUGGACAAGGAGGGCUUGACAGCCCUCAGCUGGGCUUGUCUGAAGGGACAUCUCUCCGUGGUGCGUUCCCUGGUGGAGAACGGGGCAGCCACCGACCACGCGGACAAGAACGGGCGCACGCCGCUGGACCUGGCCGCCUUCUACGGCGACGCGGAGGUGGUUCAGUUCCUGGUGGACCACGGGGCCAUGAUCGAGCACGUGGACUACAGCGGGAUGCGGCCCCUGGACAGGGCGGUGGGCUGCCGCAACACCUCGGUCGUCGUCACCCUCCUGAAGAAAGGAGCCAAGAUAGGUUGUCAGACGUUACCGAGUCGCCCACGAGGUCCAGCAACAUGGGCGAUGGCAACCUCCAAACCAGACAUCAUGAUCAUCCUGUUGAGCAAGCUGAUGGAGGAGGGAGACAUGUUUUAUAAGAAAGGUAAAGUGAAGGAGGCUGCCCAGCGCUACCAGUACGCUCUGAAGAAAUUCCCCAGGGAAGGGUUUGGAGAAGACCUGAAAACCUUCCGUGAGCUGAAGGUCUCACUCCUCCUCAACCUCUCCCGAUGUCGAAGGAAAAUGAACGAUUUUGGAAUGGCGGAGGAGUUUGCUACUAAGGCACUGGAGCUGAAACCGAAAUCUUAUGAAGCUUACUAUGCAAGAGCAAGGGCCAAACGCAGCAGCAGCCCGGUGGAGCCUGAGCCUGAAGCCCAGCACGAGGAGCUGUAUUCUGUGCAAGAUAUCUUUGAGGAGGAAUACCUUGAGCAGGAUGUAGAAAAUGUUUCCAUUGGCUUGCAGACAGAGUCCAGGCCAAACCAAGGGCUGCCCAUCAUCCAGAGCCCACCCCCGUCCCCAGCUCACAGGGACUCAGCCUAUAUUUCUGGCUCACCUCUUGGCUCUCAUCAGGUCUUUGACUUCAGGUCCAAUAGCUCUGUGGGUUCACCAACCAGGCAAGGGUACCAGUCCACGUCUCCUGCUCUGUCUCCGACGCACCAGAACUCCCAUUAUAGACCCAGUCCUCCGCACACAUCCCCUGCUCACCAGGGCUCCUCUUACCGCUUCAGCCCUCCUCCCGUGGGAGGUCAAGGGAAGGAGUAUCAAAGCCCACCGCCUUCUCCUCUUCGCAGGGGUCCUCAGUACCGUGCCAGCCCCCCAGCAGAAAGCAUGAGCGUGUACCGCUCGCAGUCCGGUUCCCCGGUUCGUUACCAGCAGGAGCCCAGCGGAGUCGGCCAGCUGCCUGGCAGACCAAAGUCUCCGUUGUCCAAGAUGACGCAGAGGUCCUUCCAGAUGCCCCAGCUCCCCGUGGCCGUGCCCCAGCAGGGCCUGAGGCUGCAGCCAGCCAAGGCGCAGAUCGUGAGGCGCCACCAGCCCAGCUCGGCCGUGCACUCGAGCACCGUCAUCCCAACGGGCGCGUACAGCCAGGUCGCCCACUCGAUGGCCAGCAAGUACCAGUCGGCGUCGGGAGAGAUGGGGGUCGGCCAGAGCAGGCUGGUCUACCAGGGUUCCAUCGGGGGCAUCGUGGGCGACAGCAGGCCGGUGCAGCACGUUCAGGCGAGCCUCAGCGCGGGGGCCAUCUGCCAGCACGGGGGGCUGGCUAAAGAAGACCUUCCGCAGAGACCGUCCUCGGCGUACAGGGGGGGGAUGAGGUACAGCCAGACCCCUCAGAUCGGGCGGAGCCAGUCCGCUUCCUACUACCCGGUGUGUCACUCGAAGCUUGACCUGGAGCGCUCUCCCCUCCCCGCCAGCCAGCUGGGCUCUCCAGAUGUGUCUCACCUCAUAAGAAGGCCCAUCACGGUCAAUCCCAGCGAGAUCAAGCCUCACCCGCCGACUCCGAGGCCCCUGCUGCACUCUCAGAGCGUCGGCCUCCGCUUCUCCCCUUCCAGCAAUAGCAUCUCCUCCACCUCCAACCUGACCCCCAACUUCCGCCCGUCCGCCUCGAUUCAGCAGAUGGAGAUCCCCCUCAAGCCAGCCUACGACAGGGCCUGCGACGAGCUCUCGCCGGUCUCGCCCACGCAGGGGGGUUACCCCAGCGAGCCCGCCCGUUCCCGGACCACGCCCUUCAUGGGAAUCAUAGAUAAAACCGCUCGGACUCAGCAGUACCCCCACCUCCAUCAGCAGAACCGGACCUGGGCCGUGUCGUCAGUGGACACUGUCAUCAGUCCGACGUCUCCCGGCAACCUCCCUCAGCCGGAGUCGUUCAGCCCGCCUUCUUCGAUCAGCAACAUUGCCUUUUAUAACAAAACCAACAAUGCACAGAAUGGCCAUUUGCUAGAGGAAGACUAUUACAGCCCCCAUGGGAUGCUGGCCAAUGGGUCCCGGGGAGACCUCCUGGAGAGAGUCACCCAAGCCUCCUCGUACCCCGACGUCAAGGUGGCAAGGACGCUGCCAGUGGCGCAGGCCUACCAGGACAACCUGUACAGGCAGCUCUCCAGGGACUCCAGGCAAGGGCAGACAUCCCCAAUCAAACCAAAGAGACCAUUUGUGGAGUCUAAUGUGUAA